CGACCAAGAUGAGACGGAUUACACAAGAUAUCCGUGUCCAGUCCAGUGUUGUGGCCUCAAAGUCAUGGUACCGUGGGAGCUCCGUUGUAUAUAGCAUCGCCUCAUCCCCCGUCCUGGUUGGGAUUUCCAUUUAGAUUUUGAAAUUUUGGAAUUUUGGUUUGCACUGUUUGUACUAAAUGACGAUUGAUGAUUGACGACUCUUACCUCUCUUUUCUACAAAUCAUUCAUCCACCAAUCGCCAUUUCCCCAUGUUGGAAUUGUUGGAAUCAUAGCAUCGUCAGAAAUGAUGGAGAUUUUGACAACACCCACUAUUUCGACUUUGAAUUCCCCACUUGUAACUGCGACCAUUUCACCAUCGCCAUCAACAUCAACAUCAACAUCAACAUCAACAUCAACAUCAACAUCAUCAUCAACAUCAACAUCAACAUCAUCAUCAACAUCAUCAUCAACAUCAUCAUCAACAUCAUCAUCAACAUCAUCAUCAACAUCAUCAUAUCUGCACUCGUUGUCGCCAUCGACAGCGCCACACCCACCGGUAGUUUUUCUAAUUUCAUCUCACACAGCUUUGAGGUCGUCGGCUUUCUUUGGGGUCUCCAAUUCCUCACCCCCUUGGCAGCCACCUGCACUCGCUAAAGGUCGCUCUCCGCCACGCCCGUCCAAACAGCUGCAGCCGGUGCAGCCAGUGCAGCCCGAAAAGGGGUCUUACCGCCGAUACUUGUACGCUGCGCCUAUACCUGCACCUCUACCUGCACCCACGGGGAAGCCUAAGCCUAACCAGCCCCGGUCCAGGCCCUGCACACCACCAAUCGACCUCUCCACCGCCAUCCAGAGGCUGCUACUGGUGUCGCUGCCCUUGUAUCCCUCGACUCACCACCAUCGAGAGAGGGAUCUCGACCUUCUCAUUCCUUCGAGUCGACCACUGUCUCUCCCCUCGAGAAAACGACAUCGUCAUCCUUCCAGCCCUACACCCUCACCCUCACCCUCACCCUCACCUCCCUUCACCUCCCCGCCCCGUUCGCGACAAUCGUCGCAAACGCCCCAACGGCUUCACAGGCGGGACCUUCUUCUUCGCAUAAUCAUUACCCGUCAACCUCCGUAGCGUCUCAUCUUCACCACACGCCUAAAACUUCCACUUCCUAUUCCCAUUCACUAUCGCCUUCUUCCAAUGCGGCUGGCCCAACAUCGCCUAUCAAUCGUCCUCAAAUCCCUUCCCCAACCUACCAACCUCCCUACUCGCUCUCAUCCACCACCUCAUCUCCCCAAAGUCAGCGCCAGCGCCAGCACCAACAACCCCAAUUAAGGGUUUCAGAAGAUACGCGCUGGAAUCUGCGUAACGCAUUGAGUGUUGGCGCCAAUACCGAUUUUCCGUCCCCUUUUCGCAAUCGCUCAGAUACCGUUGGCACCAAUAAUUCUAGUCUCGCGAGUCUUCGACCUCGACGUCCCAGUGCCGUGCGACUGUGGAACCCUUCGAAUUCCACUCGUGUCAUACCCACUCGACAAAGACCCGACCAGCAGGCGACUCCAGUAAUUGCCAUUCCCAUUUCUCAUCCAGAUCUCGAGUCGGCGCGAGAAGGUGCAACGGGAGGAGGAUCGUAUCCGUUGUUGUCGGUUUCGGAAAAGAGGCAGAGUUUGCAUCGGGGGUCUGCGAGAGCAAGUUUGCAGGUGGAAAGGAGCGGUCGUAGUUCAGCUGCGUCGAAUAGGGUUUCAUUGCCGAGGAGUGUCGUUAGUAUUGAUCUUGCAAGAAGCAGGAACAACGACUCUCCGACCUCGGAUAUAUCUGGGAAACCCAAUAAAGGGAAAGGGCGAGUCUCUCCAAGGUCGCCUGAAAGAACAGAAGGACAUCUAAGACCUGAACACAACGUCACAGAAUUCAGAAAGAGUUAUUCUAAUAAUCAACCUUCUUCGCCUGGUAUAUCCUACGAUCCAACCUUUGCAGCCAUGUCCGACCUCGAACGUGGCCCUGAUGUCCAUGGCAUACAUAAUCCGGGAGGAACAUCAAACAUGCCACAUAAUGGCUCAAAUCCAUCCAUCGACGACGAUGGAAUCGGUGAAGCAAUGUCCGAUAGUUCCUCCAUAAUCGGUUCGGAAGGAGGUGGUAUGGCGCAAGAUGAAUGGGGACCCCUACAUCCCUGCUUUCCACAUAUGAAUUCACAUGUUCCACUCAACUCGGAAUUAUAUCAAACCACACGCAUAAUACGAAUCCGACGAGACUGGAUGAUAGCAGGCGACUUGGCGCCUACCUUCUCAAAUCUCUAUCCCGAAAUUCUCGACCCAGCCGGAGUAACAGAACAAGAUUUCCGCGCCAUCAUCGAAAAGGUAAAUCAUGAACUGGUCCCAGCAUUCAAUCCCUGGAGUCCCCGGAACAUCUUUGAUGCCACGAUGGGAUUGUUGACGGGCUGGAUAUGGGACGACCUCGGGUUCACCGCUGUGAAAUCGAGGCUGAGGAAGGCGGAGAUGUAUCUAGAAGAAUGGAAUGCCGAGAUGGAAAAGAGAUCUAGGGAUAUCGGGACGGGGAUUGCGCCCAAGAUCGUUCCGUUAAGGAGGACGGGGUAUAUGAAUGUAAGUCUGCAUCUUCCAUUCCCUCCUCCCUCCCAUAUAUAAAAACCCUUCCCUGACCAUUUCCUAGCUCGACAUCCAAGUCGAAGACCCCGAGAUCUCAUACCCGACCUCAAACCUCGACGAGCGGACCGUCACGGGCUUAUCGGCAGAAACCCAGGAAUGAGAUCCCCCAUUGCAAUGAAUUGAAUUGAACUAAAUGAUAAUCAAUACCCCCCACUUGCAAGACGAACUGAAAUAAUUUUCAUCCAUCAUCGCAAACCCCUCGCAAACAACCCGAUCAUAUCAAUAUAAUUCCCCCUCGAGCAGUUUCUGUUGGUUAUCACAGGCAGGACUGUAUGAGUAUGUAUAUAAUGUCGAAGCAAUUGAUGGAGUAAGAGAGAGGGAGAGAGAGAAGGAAAGAGAGAGUUUGACGAAUUUAAAUAUACCCACAUAUCACAGCACAGCACAUCAGCAUAGCAUAGCACUUGGAAGAAGGCGAUUAUUUUUUUAUCCUGUUAUUAUUUAUCCUUUUUUUUAUCUUUUUUUAUUUUGGAUGGAUGGAUGGAUGGAUGGAUGGAUGGAUGCCGAUUUGGUGAUUUGAUGAUUUUGGUGUUGUUGUUAUAGCGUAGGCAUAGCGAGGAUGUA